AAAAUGGGCGGACACAAAGAAAAUAAUCUUAAAAUUGAUUGAACCUUUUUUAAAAAAGGGUUAUGGAUUAUUUAUUAUAGGAACGACUAUAAAGGAUCUAAAAGAGAAGUUUCUGAAGGCAAUGAAUUCAGCGGAGGAAACUGAAUCUCUUACGGACAUGGCCUUAGGAUUUUUAAUGUGGGCGAUUAUGGCAUCGGUUGCCGCAUUCUUGGUAUUACUCAAGAAAUGGUUUCUCAAAAAAUGCUGCGGGAAAGAGCGAUCAACAAAUAACCAGCCAACACAGCAGCCCACUUUGAACCCGGCCUUCUCCCCAGGACAGCUGAGCGUGAUACCACUGAUGGUGAUGCACACAUCACCAUCUUCCACCAUCAGUGGUUCACCGUCUAGUACUAGUGUCGCCAUUACGCCAGAGAUUAACCGGGAGGAGGAGGAAGAGGAAGAGCCAAUCGGGCACAGAACCAGACUGUCCUGUGCCCGAAGACUAAACUGGUCUAAAACCAGUGUAGUUUAG